GUAAAAACGGACACUGACGGAACGGAAAGUUUGCGAACCUUGUUUCCAGUCGGAGAAAGUGAACACAGGACACCAAAAAAAGCAUUGAUCUUACACAAGAGUUAUGAGAGAGAUUCUCAAGCGGAUACACGAGACCUUUGUGAAUGUUCUAUUGUUCCGUGGGAUAUUUUGGAAACCAGGACCACGUCCGGCUGCCUCUGAGGUGUUAACGUGCCACCUGCUGCAGCGCAAACGCCCGCCCUGGACUUCCUUCUGCGUGCGCUACAGCGCCGUCUCCAACGACCAGUUCGGACUUUCAAACUUCAACUGGGAGGUGCCAGGCGCCAACUACCAAAUUCUCCGAACAGGUUGUUUCCCGUUCAUCAAAUACCAUUGUUCCAAAGCACCCAGGCAAGACCUGGCAUGGGAAAACUCCUUCUUCACUGCUCUCAAAGUAAUCAACCUGGGUAUUCCUACACUGGCAUAUGGGCUAGGCUCUUGGCUCAUGGUUGGAGCAACAGAGAUUGUGCACACCAGUGUUGGACCUGUCACUGUCUACUUCCUGUACAAAGAAAAAGAGGGGGCGCAAUAUUAAUACUUAUUGAUGACAUGCUAAUUUAGCAUCUCAGGCCGCUGACCUGUAUUGCAAGCCAGAGUUUGCUUCAAGCCCUUCAGGUUACUCUCCAGUACAGACCUCCAAAUGAUAAUCUCCAGGUACAGGUACUUUAGACUCCACCCUGGUCUUUUGUCUUGUUGGUUACUGAAAGCACACAGGGUACCUCUGAUUGUAUACUGUAUGACCGCAUGUAAAUAUGUUUUGUAAUUUAUUUUUAAGUGUGGCAACAGAUAUUGUUGUACGGUUGCAUUUCCUAUGUGCACCAGAAGCCGUCUUUAUUUGGAGAAUGUUUCAAUGCAUGGACAGUAAACGUCCAAAUCUCUUAUGGGAAACUGCUAUAUCCUGAUAGUUUUGUUGUAAUUUGGGGCUGUACAGCCUCCAGAAUUCAGUCACAUGGAGUAGCUACAUUAAAAGUGACAGAGAAUUUGCUUGAAAAAGCAAAAAUGAA